GUUCCACUCCAACGUUUGUUCCUGUUAGCCAGCAAAAAUAUGAAAAGUAUUAAAGAGUCCCGUGAAGUCAAGUGCUUCCAAAGAGGGCAUGCCGCAGAGCGACCCCUCUGGUGUGGAGACUCCCAAAUUAUUCACUCUUCAGUCAAGCGGGUCAACACUGCAGCUACCAGCCGAAUGGAGAAAGCAGCACAGCCGAAACGCAUGCUUGUGGGGAAAAGUGUCAAAGAACAAAGCCGAUGCUGUUCAGGAGAGGAGGCGCUUCAUGGAGAGGAUUCAGUCAGCAUUCCAUUCACAGCUUCCAUCUGUGAGUAGUGCAGAGAUUGAAGAACAAUUGGACCGCAUCUCUGAUCUCUACCGGUGUAUCAACCAGUAUCUGUACACAGACCCUCUGCUCCAUUCCAUGGAUCCUUACGGUGGGCAGCAGGAACGUGAGGGAGAGCAGACACUGGAGAGAUGCCAGGAAACUCUACCCAGCCUUCUCCAGCACAUUCAGCAGCUUAAGGAUGCUGCAACACUUUGGAUGAAGCUGGGGAGUUGCUGGAGGCCAGCCUUUAAGGCGUGCAGAGACAGUGGCAGCGGAUGUGCACCACUCCUCCUCUAUUCCAGUCUGCAGGAACUGAAGGAGAUGGACACCCUCAGGUUUCACGUACAAACUCUCCAACAACAGAUCCACAUUCAAAGGGUCAUGGCGGAGGAGCUGCUUCCUGUUGUGUUUUCCUCCGAGUCUCCGGAGCAGCCCCAGUUCCACCUUUAUCGAGCAGCGUACUCACUGCUGUGUGAGGGAGGAGAACAGUUCCCUGUGUUAGUGUUGGAUAACAUCUCCGACUGACCCAGUCAACGGUCAGCGGACCCGACCCAACAGACCCAGCCACUGGUCAGCGGACCCGGCCACUGGUCAGCAGACCCGACCCUGGGACCCGCCCACUGGUCAGCAGACUCGACCCUGGGACCCAGCCACUGGUCAGCGGACCCGACCCUGGGACCCGGCCACUGGUCAGCGGACCCGACCCGACAGACCCGGCCACUGGUCAGCGGACCCGACCCGACAGACCCGGCCACUGGUUGGCUGACCCGACCCUGGGACCCGGCCACUGGUCGGCUGACCCGACCCUGGGACCCGGCCACUGGUCGGCAGACCCGACCCUCGGACCUGACCCUGGGACCCAACCACUGGUCAACCGACCCGACCCUCGGACCUGGAUACUGGUCAACCCACCCAACCCUCGGACCCGGCCACUGGUCAGCGGACCCAACCCUCGGACCCGGCCACUGGUCAACCCACCCAACCCUCAGACCCGACCCUCAGACCUGGCCACUGGUCAACCAACCCAACCCUGGGACCCAGCCACUGGUCAGCGGACCCGACCCUCGGACCCGGCCACUGGUCAACCCACCCAACCCUCGGACCCGGCCACUGGUCAACUAACCCGACCCUCGGACCCAGCCCUCAGACCCGGCCACUGGUCAGCCGACCAGACCCUCGGACCUGGCCUGGUCAGCGGACCCAACCCUAGGACCCGGCCACUGGUCAGUGGACCCAACCCUCAGACCCGGCCACUGGUCAACUAACCCAACCCUCGGACCCAGCCCUCGGACCCGGCCACUGGUCAACCGACCCAACCCUCGGACCCGGC